CUCACUUCGUAUCCCAACCCACGCGGGUAGACGCUGACCUGACAACUUCAUUGUUGGUCCAUCUACUUCCACAACCAACCACCAACUCCCUGUCCUUUGCUCUCUGCUUCUGCCCUCCCUUCACUAUCGCCGACCCUGAUUGUUGCGAGCUUCACCAACCUACCUCCUGAUCAAAUCUGUCCAGGGUUUCCACGCCACCUUCUGACCGACUUGUGUCUUUGUUGCCCGUCGUCGCCUAUCUCAUUCAAUUCUGGCUGCGAAUCCCGUUCAUCGUCCUCGCUGUGUGAUUGACCUCGCCUCCGCUAUCGCAUCCCGCAAUCUCACCACUGCAACGCCUGUAACGUCGACUCCUUGAGUUUCUUGUCCUCCUUGUGGUCUUUCCACACCCCUCACCAUGUCCAAUACCGAUUUUCUUGGCAAAGCCAUCAACACGGUCAAACAGGCAAUAGAACUAGACACAGCCGGGUCAUAUGAGCAAGCCUACCAACAAUACUAUGCCGCCCUCGAACUCUUCAUGCUUGCCCUCAAAUGGGAGAAGAACCCAAAGUCUAAGGAGAUGAUUCGCGCAAAGGCAGGCGAAUAUAUGGAUCGUGCCGAAAAGCUGAAACAACACAUCCAGUCCAAUGAUGCAAGCAAUCGAAAGAAGCCUGCCGCCAUGGGUGUUAAUGGCAAAGCCGUCAACGGCGCUGGAAAGGGUGAUGCUGGAGACAAAGACGAGGAAGAUGCAGACAGCAAAAAGCUACGGGGUCAAUUAACCGGUGCUAUCUUGACCGAUAAACCUAACGUCAAGUGGGAAGAUGUUGCUGGUCUGGAAGGUGCCAAAGAGGCUUUGAAAGAGGCCGUCAUUCUCCCCAUCAAGUUCCCCCAUCUCUUCCAGGGUAAACGUCAACCCUGGAAAGGCAUCCUCCUAUACGGCCCUCCCGGAACUGGUAAAUCAUAUCUCGCUAAAGCGGUCGCCACCGAAGCCAACAGUACUUUUUUCAGUGUCUCUUCUUCUGAUCUCGUCAGCAAAUGGAUGGGUGAAUCAGAAAGAUUGGUCAAACAAUUGUUCAACAUGGCCAGAGAAAAUAAACCCGCCAUCAUCUUCAUCGAUGAAGUCGAUGCUCUGUGUGGUCCCCGUGGUGAAGGCGAGUCGGAAGCUUCACGUCGUAUCAAGACCGAAUUACUCGUUCAAAUGGAUGGUGUGGGAAAGGACUCCAAGGGGGUCUUGAUCCUCGGCGCAACCAACAUUCCUUGGCAACUUGACGCAGCUAUUCGACGACGAUUCCAGCGAAGAGUGCACAUCUCCUUACCCGAUAAACCUGCUCGAAUGAGGAUGUUUGAACUCGCUGUUGGAGACACCAAAUGCGAGUUGUCGCAGGGAGACUACAAGGCUCUUGCGGAUUUGAGCGAGGGGUAUUCAGGAAGUGAUAUAAGCAUCGCUGUCCAAGACGCUCUCAUGCAACCAGUGCGGAAGAUUCAAACAGCGACACAUUACAAAAAGGUCAUGGUCGACUCAGAAGAAAAACUAACGCCCUGCUCUCCUGGCGAUAGUGGCGCCAUGGAAAUGACUUGGAUGGACGUUGACUCCGAAAAAUUACUAGAGCCCCCUCUGGUGGUCAAGGACUUUAUCCGUGCAAUCAAGAGCUCAAGACCCACCGUCUCAGGUGAAGAUCUCAAGCGAAAUUCCGAAUGGACAGCAGAGUUUGGUAGCGAAGGAGCAUAGUCACAAUGGUCUCUGCGGAUGCCGAUCGCAGAAUAGGAUCGACCCACCGAAGCCUCCGUUUCUCGAACACCACAGGCGGCAAGGCGCUCCAAUUCAAUCUCUGCCUGUCAACGGCGAGGAUGACGACCGAUAUCUGAGCCUCUGCGACAUGCCUUCCGGCCCACACAAUGGUUCACUCGCACAAAAAGCACAUACUCGCUUAGACUGGCAGCACAUUUUUGACCCUACGCCGUCACUUAUGAGGAAGAAGACUUGAAUGAAACAAUGUGUCAAGGAUACAUCGCUACAUAACGCUGUCGGACCCAACAGAUGUCGCUCAUGUUGGAAACUGGAACGAGACCGAACCGAAAACCCUUGAAAACCCUGACCCACCUCACGUAGGGCAUACACCCUACCAACGAAGGAACGAAUGAAGAAAUGCAACCAGCAAUAAGAGCAAAUGAUCAAGAGGGCGCCAGGAUUCAUGGAAACCAGCAUAUACACACAGACACACAAACACAAAGACAGCGCCGGCGUUGAUGGAGUCAUCAAAUAGCAAAUCACUUUUCCGGGUUAGGUACCUGUAUCCGACAUUGGUCUGCUUUGUCUUGUCUCAUAUAAAUUCAUUUGGCUGUAA